CGGGGACCAGAACAAGAGAGGCUGUGCCUGUCUCGCCCAUUACAUACAUAGUUAGUACUGUAUAUGUAAUCCUGCUUGCUUUCUCAGUGCCGUUUUAUGUUACAUAUACUGCAUCUCCAAAAGUACAACACACAGUGCCCUCCAGAAGUAUUGGAAUAGUGAAGUCAAUGUAUUUAUUUUUGCUGUAGACUAGGGGUGUUAACACUUUUUCAGCCUGCAAGGUACUUUUAAAAUGACUAAGUCCCAAAGCUCCAAAGCUGCCAAAGAAAAGGGGUCCCCAACCACCGGGCCGGUCCGUGGGCGGGCCGCACUGGGCCGAGGAAACCUUUCAGGCGCAAUUAUAAAAGAAAUACACACACAAAAAAAAUGCAUUUGUAAAUAACUAAAUAAAAUUUUAAGUAAAUGCAUGGCAAUUUUAGAAAUGUGGGCCAUUAUUUUAUUCAAAAAAUAAUAUAGUUUGAAGUUUUUGCAUGUUUAUGUUGUUUAUGGCGAGUGUCCACUUUGUUUGACAGUCCUUGAACGCACCAUUGUACGUUCGCUAGCCUUCUCCCACUCUGCACAGAUGGUCAACUACACUGUAUUUUUAUCGUGUUUCUUUCACUUCAUAUUUGCUCCCGAAUGCUGAUACUCUGUGGGAAUGCUUAAAGGUUCUUUGCCCCACCCUUGGGCAGAUGUUUAGGGGUUAGGAAUAGAUUACAAAUGACUGCAGAGCCUUCCCCAAAGCUGGAGUCCUUUUACACGCAACAAAGCAGAAGACCGACACAGGGCGAUGUUGUUAAUUUAAUGUUCCUGUGCGGCAAAAGCCAGAGACAAAUUGAGACCUGGUUCCGACUUCGUAGACAGCAGGACAGGCCGUGUCAAACCAGGAAGUUUGGGGAGGCUGCUUGGAGGUUCUUUUUCUACCUCGUAGCCUUCAUUGCUGGCCUGACCUGCUUGGUUGAUGCACCCUGGUUUUGGGACCUCAGGGAAUGUUGGAGGCAAUAUCCAGUUCAGCCCAUGCAGAGAGUUCAUUACUGGUACUACAUGCUGGAGCUUGGCUUUUAUGGCUCCUUGCUGCUCCGCAUCUCUGUAGACAUCAAGAGGAAGGAUUUUAAAGAACAAGUGGUCCACCAUUUGGCCACCAUCUUUCUUCUUAGUUUCUCCUAUUGUGCCAACUACAUCCGUAUCGGCACCUUGGUCAUGCUUCUUCAUGACUCGUCUGAUAUCCUACUAGAGUCUGCCAAAAUGUUUAACUACGGCUCUGGGUGGAGGAAAGUAUGCGACACACUGUUUGUGGUCUUUACUGUUGUCUUCCUUUUAACUCGAUUGGUGAUUUUUCCCAGCAAGAUCAUCCAUACCACCCUUGUACUGUCCAUGGAGAUGUUCCAACCCUUUGCUGGCUACUACUGUUUUAACUUGCUCUUAAUGGUGCUGCAAGCGCUUCAUGUCUUCUGGGCUGGUUUAAUCUUACGAAUGGUUUAUAAAUUCUUGAAAGGAAAGUUGGAAAAAGAUGAACGCAGCGAUGAAGACACUGACUUGGAGGUGGACAGAGGAGAAGAAGUCCAAGAAGGAGAUUAUUAUCAGAAGACGAGUAAAGAUACUCAGAACUACAAACUACCCCCAUUGAGUAACAGCUGCGUCCUCAACAAUCUGACCAACCACAGAGCCUCAAUUGCCGAUAAUAUGCGUAAAGCUCAGUAAGGACUUUGUUUCAUUUUUAAAAUACAGGGGAAGGCAGCAACAAAAGACACUGUUAUACAGCCCAAGAGACAUAGGUUGUUCUUUAAUGCGUAUGUACUGUAGUUUGGAUCAUGAACGCAUUUCAAAUAUGAUUUAGUGAGAUUUCAUGUUGAAAAUAAAGUCACCUUUUGUCUAUUUUCUUG